UCAAUCUAUCCUAUACAGCAUUCCAUCCAUGGAAGAGAAGGACCUCCGCCACCCCCUCCUCCCCUUGGCAAACAAUGCGGAUGCCACAAUAACCACCACCACUGGCUUUGUGGGUCCGACGUCAAACGAUAGUGGCAAGACCACCUCAUCCCGCUUGAGUGUAAUUGCUCGUCUCCUUGUUAUAUUCUUAAUUGGUGCCAUCUCCAUAUGGGCAUCCCAUGAGGCAUCAAAAGGAUUUGUGAUCACAGUCGUUAACAACAUGAAGGAUACACCGGCGGGAGAGAAAUUCACUCUCUUUUUCAUCUCCAAUGAUGAAGCCAUCCGAUUAGUUCAAAGUUCUUCCACUUUUGCUGCCGAAGUUCUUUUUCCUGGUGAUGAUAGCAUACCUGAGAAGCUCAUCGACCAGAUCGAUGUCCAACUAGUCAGCCACAAUCUAACCAGUGAUCAUACAGUUGCUGUCAAGUCUUUGGGACAAAAGAGCAAGUAUAUACUCUUCAUAAAUCCUUUAGUCAUGGAAUUUGGUAAUUUCAGGUACAGAAUCAGAAAAGAAAUUCAAAAAGGCAUGGCUGAAAUUUUGCUGUUCAAUAGGCAACACACAGCUCCGAAGACCUUGCUAGCUGGAAUGGUUGAAUAUAUAAGCGAUUUGGCCGGUUUUGGCGGUCCAAAGCCGGUGUUCAAACAGAGAGAUGUCAGCGCGAAGUGUUGGGAAGAAAAGGAUUCAGGAAUUGUGGCAAAGUUUUUGGCUUACUGUGAGAAGAAAAGUAAAGGAUUUGUUGGAAGAUUGAACCAAGAAAUGAAUAGAGAUGGUUGGUAUGAGAAAUUAAUGGAUAAAGUGCUUGAAAUGCCAGCCAUGCAUUUUUGUGUACAAUUCCAUGAUUUCACGAUCAAGAAUGAGGAUGUGACUGAGUGAUGCUCUGUCUGAGCUGUCCUGUUCUAGCUUCUGUAAAUUCUUUGUAUUUUUUUUUUUUUUUUUUUUGCUGUUCUGUUAUACGUAUAUAGUCAAUUAAUACGGAGUACAGAGUAUAAUUUAUGAAGAUACUGAGUAUUUUAUUUAUUUAUUUUUACGAAAAAGAUAGAUCUUGAUCUGUAGUCAAGUAGGCAGCUUUGUUUAUUGCAAAUUGUGGUAUCAUUAAUUAAUUUUUUUUUUUUGAA